AUGGCGAACAUUACGGAUCCUCUGAUCCGAGCGAUCCAAGGGUCCGACCCUCAGAAUUUGAUGGAGUACAUCACCCGUCAAAAGAUCUACGACAGUCGAUAUUGGAAAGAAGAAUGUUUCGGAUUGGCCGCCGUGGAUGUCUUGGAAAAGGCGGCCAAGAUUCAGACGAUUGGUGGUUUGCCUUCCAAGUUUUUGUGUCUGACGCUCAAGCUGUUGCAGCUCCAACCCGACGCCGAAGACAUUAUCGAAUCCUUUAUUCAACAAGACGACUUUAAGUAUGUUCGAGCCCUGGGAGCUCUUUAUUUGCGCAUGACGGGACGACCCGAUGAUAUCUACAGCGAACUGGAACCGCUCUAUCGAGAUUUUCGGAAGCUACGUUGUCGUCGGUACCAAGACUGGACGUUACUCUACAUGGACGAGUUCAUACACCAGCUGCUCACGGAAACGCAAGUGCUGGGCAUUACACUGCCUCGAUUGCCGGCUCGAGCCACACUCCAAGAAGCCGGUUAUAUGGACGAUGGACCUAGACCUACCGCCUUAAGAGAAGUAUUGGAAGAUGCAGGAGGACCACUCGAGUUUCUGAAGCAAAAAGCAUUCCAACAAAACAGUCAGGCAGCUUUGGACCUCUAUGAGAAGAGACAGGGAAUCACUACGAAAGACAAGAAGAAAAAGGACAAGGAAACAACCAGCACUUCCACCAAACGAGAUGAACCAGACGACAAACCAACCACCAAAAGCAGUGAUGACGAAAGACAAGACGACAAGAAACGAAAACACAGCAGCAAACGCAAAAAGGAAGAAGGAGAAGUGAAUGACGACGACGAAAAAUCUUCCAAAAAGAAGAAAAAGAAAAAGGAUCGCAGCUAUGGCUCUCUCGUCAAGGACAGCCGCAAAAAGAGCAAAUCCAAAUCAUCAGAAGCAGACGAUAUUCCAGCUCCUGCAGCUCCACCACCCGACGAGAAUUCGGAAGAGUAUUGGAACGAACAACGUGCCAAACUUGGACUCAAGGCGCUCAAGUAA